CAUCGCCUCUGGGGUGCGUUGCAGACACCUCUGCGACUCCAGCUUGAAAACUGCCAGCGGGCUGGGAUUUAACUCCACUUUAUCAACUCCCAACUCCCAACUCCCACCCUUCUCAACCGCAACUCCAACUGCGUGAGAAAGCCCUGACUUUGCGGAGCCCCAGGUGCAAACUUGAGACACUUUUGCCCCUGUCCUCCAUCCUAAUCUAAGUUUAGGCUCUGACUGGGCCAAGAGUGGGUGCUAAAGCAGCGGGUCUCAGGUGUCUAGGCCUCGGGGUCCCCGGGGACUCUCAGGUUGAAGCCUUGUCAGAAUCUGGGUAGAGGCUCCAGAGCUUCUCCCAGACCCCUCUGCUCUACACCGCUGGAAACCACGCUUCAUUGCAGCAUGGCCACCAGCCUUAGUGCAGACAGUCCACAGCAGCUGAGCUCGCUGUCUACCCAGCAGACCACUCUUCUGCUACUCUUUUCCGUCCUGGCCGCCGUGCACUUAGGUCAGUGGCUGCUACGACAGUGGCGUCGGAAACCGUGGUCCUCGCCCCCAGGUCCCUUUGCUUGGCCACUGAUCGGAAACGCGGCGGCUGUUGGCCAGGCGUCGCACUUGUACUUCGCUCGCCUUGCAAGGCGCUAUGGCGACAUUUUCCAGAUCCGUCUGGGCAGCUGUCCCGUGGUGGUGCUGAAUGGCGAGAGUGCCAUCCACCAGGCCCUGGUGCAGCAGGGCAGCGUCUUCGCGGACCGGCCGCCCUUCGCCUCUUUCCAUGUGGUGUCUGGUGGCCGCAGUCUGGCGUUCGGUCACUACUCUGAGCACUGGAAGGUGCAGCGACGCGCGGCCUAUAGCACGAUGCGUGCCUUCUCCACGCGCCACCCGCGCAGCCGCGGUCUCCUCGAGGGCCACGCGCUGGCAGAGGCUCGAGAAUUGGUGGCAGUGCUGGUGCGGCGCUGUGCUGGCGGCGCCUUCCUUGAUCCGACGCAGCCGGUCAUUGUGGCGGUGGCCAACGUCAUGAGUGCUGUGUGCUUCGGCUGUCGGUACAACCACGAUGAUGCCGAGUUUCUAGAGCUGCUCAGCCACAAUGAGGAGUUCGGGCGCACGGUGGGUGCCGGCAGCCUGGUGGACGUGCUGCCCUGGCUGCAACUAUUUCCCAACCCGGUGCGCACCACCUUCCGCGAGUUCGAGCAGCUCAACCGCAACUUCUGCAACUUCGUCCUGGACAAGUUCCUGAGGCACCGCGAAAGCCUGGUGCCCGGGGCUGCUCCUCGAGACAUGACGGACGCCUUCAUCCUCUCUGCCGAAAAGAAAGCGUCUGGGGGCCCCGGCGACGAUUCCUCCGGGCUGGACUUGGAGGAUGUGCCUGCCACUAUUACGGACAUCUUCGGAGCCAGCCAGGACACCCUUUCCACCGCGCUGCUGUGGCUGCUCAUCCUCUUUACCAGAUACCCGGAUGUGCAGGCCCGCGUGCAGGCCGAGUUGGACCAGGUUGUGGGGAGGGACCGCCUGCCCUGCAUGAGUGACCAGCCCAACCUGCCAUAUGUCAUGGCUUUUCUUUACGAAUCCAUGCGAUUCUCCAGCUUUUUGCCUGUCACCAUUCCACACGCCACCACCGCCAACACCUUUGUUUUAGGCUACUACAUCCCCAAGAAUACGGUCGUUUUUGUUAAUCAGUGGUCUGUGAAUCAUGACCCAGCCAAGUGGCCUAACCCAGAGGCCUUUGAUCCAGCCCGCUUCCUGGACAAGGAUGGCUUCAUUAACAAGGCGCUAGCCAGCAGUGUGAUGAUAUUCUCGGUGGGCAGACGGCGGUGCAUCGGGGAGGAGCUGUCUAAGAUGCUCUUGUUUCUCUUCAUCUCCAUCCUCGCUCAUCAGUGCAAUUUCAAGGCUAACCAAAAUGAGUCCUCAAACAUGAGCUUCAGCUACGGCCUGACCAUUAAGCCCAAGUCAUUUAGAAUCCAUGUGUCUCUCAGAGAGUCGAUGGAGCUCCUGGAUAAUGCUGUUCAAAAGCUGCAAACUGAGGAAGCCUGCAAGUGAGAGGUGGGAGGGAGCUGGAAUGUUUAAGGAACACUUAUCUCAUUUACUAGGGAGGAAAUAGAUUUUUUCUCCCAGCUUCAUUUUAGCCUCAGCUCUCAACAGUGAAUGGAAACGAAGUGGUCUGAAGGUGUGGCAUGCUCACCAAUUCAUGGCUCCUCUCGGGCCUGUGCUGGAGUUCCUGGAAGUAUUUUGGAAUUGAAGAGCAAAAGGGCCCAAGGAAUUUGGAGCCUGUUGUUUUUUGUUUUUGUUUGGUUUUGGUUUUGGUUUUCAGUUAAACACAUGCACACGUAUCAACAUGUAUGCACAACUAUCUAACAAAGUAUUUCAGUAAUUCUGCCCUUCUGACGAGAUUCGUGAGGGCACUUCUAUGUGCAGAAAUUGAUCCCAUAGGAAACUGCAGUAAGCAAAGGCUUAGGAUAUACUCAAGAUUCAGACAUGUGAUUUCAGUGUAAAAGUAAAGACCCGAAGUCCUCCUAUCAUGAGACAACUUGCUCAGAAAAAUGCUUCAACUCCUUUACAGCCAUGGAUGAGGCUUUCUGCUUGCCUAUAGGUGGGCCUCCCACUUUAGAACGGACCAUAAAUUCAGUUGCUCCCCAAGAAGUUAUGGCUGAUUUAAUAACUGCAAUAGGUUUUAAAGAUUAAUGAAUUUAAAGGUAAAUUGUUUAUUUAGAUGGCAAAAUAUGUUUAUAAGUUAAAGCUGAACCUCAUUUGGCUGCUCAAAUGAAGUAUUCCAGUUAUAAGGGAGAAAAAGAUUUGCCAGGCUAGCUUAAGGUUUCAAAUUUGGGAUUGUAAUGAACUGGAUUCAAUAAUAAGUCUGAUAAACUCAAAAAAGAGCCUCAUGUCACCACAUAGUGUUCAAUGCAUAUAAAAUUUUACAUAAUUGCUCAUAAACAUCAUAUGAAUAUUAACUAUUCGAUCAGGAAAACACUUGAAUAAUAUAUUUCUUAUGUCAUAUUGCAAACCAAAAAGUAUAAUCAGUUGAGUGAAAUUUGCCCAAUUCCAGGAAACGAGCCUGACUAAAUCAAUCCGUUUUGACAUCAGGGAACCGAGUAACAGAACGAUCUUUUUCUUAUUUAUAGUUCAUACAAGGGACAAAUCUCAAAACUAAACCAGCAAAAUAUGUUCUGAUCUGGUAAUUGUAGUUACAACACAGAUGCUUCUUUUGGAAUUGACCCUAUUAAUAUGUUAAGAUUACAAAUUCUUGGCUUGCUUCAAUUUUAAAUUAGUUAAAAAUCCAUCUUUAUUAUUUCGUUUCAGUUGAAGCUAGAGAAAAUAUGAUCAUUAUCUCGAAGAAGGUGAGAAACCUAACCUUUGCCUAAGAACAAUGCCAAAUGCAAAAAUUAGAUAAAGAAAGAAAGAAAGAAAGAAAGAAAGAAAGAAAGAAAGAAAGAAAGAAAGAAAGAAAGGCCAUGAAUGUUCUGGGUGUUCAUUAAGGACCAUAUGAUAGGAAACUCAUGUGUUCUUACUAUUGUUGUAGUUGUUUUUUAAGUUGAGUAUUAAGGUCUGUGUGGUUUUGUUUUUGUUUUUGUUUUUAAGUCAGAAUCUGUAGACUGACUUGGGAGGUUGUUUAGCAACUGCUUCUUGAGACAGCAGAGAUGCCAAAAAAAUGGGCUCUCUUAUUUAGGAUGGCACACCACGAUGAGCAGCCACUUCCUGGAAGCUGAGAGAGGAGAAAUAUACAUAUUCGGAUGAUGUAAACAAUCCGAAAGCCCUUGAAGAAGGGUUGGAUGGGUGGAAAAGUGGGGGAUAGGGCCCGUGGGGGGUUUCCCAUUUCUGUUUUCAUUGCAAUCAGCCAGAACGAAAGAAGCCCGCAGCACUCAGAGAGCUUACUGCUGGCUCUGUUUCAUUAGGCUUCUUGGGAUUUUCGUAUCAAAAUUACAAAGGAAGGAGUGUGCGAUGCUCUUUGUGUUCGGAGGCCAGAAGCUGCAAGUCAGAGAAAGCACGAGAAGAGAGAUGGCUAAAUGGUCCCCAUUCACUCCAAAUCAGUUUCCUGAAGUAGAAAAUCUGAGGCAUGAAUGUUUAGACAAAAGGAGUUUUGCGUGGCAGGCUUUACCUUCAAGUGUCUCUUAAGAGAGGCUGCAGCAUCUCCCCCACCUAUUUGUGGUUGGAAGUUGAAUUAUAAAAAAUACAAUGUAAGCCUUAUUUAAAUUUCUCCACAACAGAACCCCUUGAAUGUGAAACACAGGUUGUGUCAGUAUCUUAAAGGCCUUAAUUUCAACAAAAAUUAACUCUAUGCAAUACAUUUUUAAGCUUUUCAGACAUUUUAAAAGCAUGCACCUUAGUAGGACUGGGACAGUGAUUCUGAGCUUCCAUGGCCCUUUUACUAUGAGAAAUUUACAAUUGUGAGAGUCUUCAUGUAUCAACCUGGACUCCUUAUUAAACCAACCAGACCCAGAUGUUUUGUGAAUGUAGGGGUCAUUUUCAUCUGAUGCUUUCAGCAAAGGAGAAAGUAGAGGGGGUUGCUUUGUUUAAUCUAUUUAGAAUCUAGUGAAAGGAAGAAGGAUACAAGCCAGAAAAGAGUAAUAACUGUCCUAUUUGGAAGCUCUAGUAGGUCCCUGGCUUAGUCAGAAAGCCCGCUUUUGUGAUGCUACGGAGGGACUUCUUUUGCCACCAUGUUCAUCAGAGUACCGACUUCAGGCCAGUGCAGCAAGAGCACGUUUUCAUUAAAUGCCUCGUUUGUACAGUAAAGCAUGGACUAUGUCAGAACGUUGCUUUCCCCCCCAAAACCAAAACAGAUUCCUCAGGUGUGUUUGAUGGAUUCAUCACAAGAGUUCAUGCCCCAGAACUUAGCCUUGACCUGUGAAAUAUUAGCACCCUCCUAUGUAUUCCCACCAGGGCUGUACUAGAUUAAGCAGAUAGAUCACCAUGCAUGCUAAUUAGUAUGCUCUUAGCUGUGACACAAUUGUAUGAUAAAAGGUGUAUGUUACCAGGUGAUAAUAACCCAGGAAUAACUCCCUAUUUAGCUUCUUCUUGUGUCUUUGUACUUUGUCAUAUAUGUUCUUAACAUGUAUAGAGCUGAUACAGUGCCCACAGAUCCUCCCCACACAGAAUUUACUAACAUGUAGCUUCUACCUUUUGAUAUACCAAAAUUUAAAAUGUUCUGUCUUCAUUAUCUCUCACGAAACAUUGUUAACUAAACAAUAAAA